CAACAUCUUUUCCACAGGCCUUAGUCUACAGAAAAGACCCAGCUAACAAAUCAUGAAUUAACAUUUGGUGCCACUUACAGUAUGACAAAAUUCUAAGAAAUCUGAAUGUAGUGGACUUAAUAUAGUUCAAUUAACAAAUGUAGAAAAAUCUGUAAGAUAACAUUAAAACAUAAAAAUAAUGAUUAAAAGGAGUACUCGACGUCGCCAUGCAUAUAUAUUUACUUUCCUAUAUAUAUAUAGGCAUGAUCACUCCACAGAUCUUUUAACAAUUACUUUAGAAUUAACGAAUACAAUGGCAAACAGCGACGAUUCCUUCUCCUUGUCCAUCAAACAAGAGAACCCGACGGUUCCUCCUCCUCCUCCUCCUCCCCCCACCGCCACUCCUCCACCAAGAGAAACCGAUCUUGCUGAUGAGAAGAACCAAUCUUUACUCAACUCACUUCGUUCCACCUCCUUGACUCCUCAAGAAGCUCAGACGUGUUUGCGAUCCCUGACCAACGUCAUGACUAGCGGCGAAGACGAAGACGCGGCUCUGUUUCAAGAAGUGAUCUCAAAGCUAAACGAAAGCGAGCUUAAGAGGAUGGCCUCGUUGCUGACGUCAAAAUACGAUCACUACUUCUUGAAGAUCGCAAGAAACAAGAACGGCUCCAUCCACCUACAGAAACUCCUCGGAAAAUCAGACGACGCCGACACCUUCUUCCUCGCCGCUAUUUUCCGCAACUUCUUCAACGUCAUGGCGGACGAGCACGCGCCCUACGUUGCCAUCCAAGGGAUGCGAGUUUUCAGCCGCGAGAAGAAAAGGGCAAUGCGCGACAAAAUUCUCACCUACGCGGUUCCCCUAGGGUGUGACCAAUACGGUAGCAUCGCGCUCAAUGCAAUCAUAAGGGACGUGUCCUUUCUCUACUGCAGUGUUGCCCUCUUUGAUGUAGUUGCGUCCAAAGCUCGCUUUCUAAGCUACAGUAGAUAUGGGAACAUUGUGGUCCAACAAGUGCUUAAACAUUGUAGCUUGCAUAGCACGCGUAACAUUGGGGUUAGCCUCCGUGGCCAUUACGUCGAGCUCUCAUUUACGGAGGGUGGAAGAUACAUCGUGGAGAAGAUUUUGGAGAGGGAUGAGACGGGUGUUUUGGUGAUGACAGAGCUUUUGGAGUGCGGAAGUGACAACUUGGUGAGUCUGGCGACAAGUGAGUACGGGCAUUUCGUGGUGGAAACGGCACUGAAAGUCACGCGGGGGGUUUUGUUUAGGGGUUUGGUGAAUAAGCUCAAGCCUUUUCUCCCUCUCUUGCGUACGUCUCCUCAAAGCACCACCAUUGCACAAAUCUUGGAGUCGGUUCCUUAGCUUUGUCACUAACUAGUUAACGCCAUGGUUCCUAUUAGGCUAUUAUGGUUGCUUGAUUAGUUAACUCUUGCAAUGAGGUCUGUCGCUACUUAUGGUAAUAAAGAGAGAUUGACAGUAUCUAGAAUUGUCUCUUCUAUGUUUACAGGAAUAGGUUAGAAAGCUGAAGCAUUCGCAAUAGUUUUCAUAAGUACCUUCACUUUCUCAGCCUCUACACUUAUUUCACACAAGUAGAUCACCUCAAGUUCGAAACAAAUGCAGAGAAUGGCUAGUGUUUAAGGAAACCAUAUCUCAUCAUUCUUUUUAUUGCUAGAAUCUAUUGUUGGUGGAUUCAAUCAUUCAGGACUGUAAGAUUUAUUUAAAUGUAUGGGGAGAAAGGGAGGAAUGGGGAGAACAAAAGUAGAAAAAAAAGGAAA